CGCGCCAAGUUUGGGUUCCUCCGGACGUGGUGUGUCACGUGGUCCGUGGGCAGGUACCCAGAGCACGUGCGGGGCUGUUGGGGGACCCUGACGGCGCGGUACUGCGUUCCGGCAGACGCUGGGUCUCAGGUCGCUCUUCGCGCGCUCUCCGGGAAGUCAGAGAUCCGCUUGCCUCUGCCUCCCGAGUGCUGGGUAGGAUUAAAGUCCCACGCCACCGCCACGGGUUUAGCCCUCUUCCUAAAGGCCGGAGGACCAGGCGUUAAAGGCCAACUCCCGCCACCAAGCGAAUUGAAAGCCACCGUGGACCACAGGUUGAGACCGCCGUACAAAAACCCACGCUCCUAACACUAGGCAACUCUGAACCAGUGCAAUGGCAAACAAGGAUGCCGCCCUGUGGUCUUCUCAUGAGAAGAUGUUGACACAGCCCCUCAAGGACUGUGAUACUGAGGUUUACAGCAUUAUUAAAAAAGAGGGCAACCGGCAGAGGGUUGGACUGGAGCUGAUUGCCUCAGAGAAUUUUGCCAGCAGAGCUGUGUUGGAGGCCCUGGGAUCUUGCUUAAAUAACAAAUACUCCGAGGGAUAUCCAGGCCAGAGGUAUUACGGUGGGACUGAGUUUGUUGAUGAGCUGGAGACACUGUGUCAGAAGCGUGCAUUGCAGGCCUACCAUCUGGAUCCUCAGUGCUGGGGGGUCAAUGUCCAGCCUUAUUCAGGCUCCCCUGCAAACUUUGCUGUGUAUACCGCCCUGGUAGAGCCCCAUGGGCGAAUCAUGGGCUUGGACUUGCCAGAUGGAGGCCAUCUGACUCAUGGCUUCAUGACAGACAAGAAGAAAAUCUCUGCCACAUCUAUCUUCUUUGAAUCCAUGCCGUAUAAGGUGUACCCCGACUCUGGCUACAUCAACUAUGACCAGCUGGAGGAGAACGCCCGUCUCUUUCACCCGAAGCUGAUCAUUGCAGGGACCAGCUGCUAUUCUCGGAACCUGGACUAUGCACGUCUGCGGAAGAUUGCUGAUGAUAAUGGGGCGUAUCUCAUGGCAGACAUGGCACACAUCAGUGGGCUGGUGGCAGCUGGCGUGGUGCCCUCCCCCUUUGAACACUGCCAUGUAGUGACCACCACAACCCACAAAACCUUGAGAGGCUGCCGUGCUGGUAUGAUAUUUUACAGAAAAGGUGUACGCAGUGUGGAUCCUAAGACUGGCAAGGAGAUUCACUAUGACCUGGAGUCACUCAUCAAUUCUGCCGUGUUCCCAGGCCUACAAGGGGGUCCCCACAACCAUGCCAUUGCUGGUGUUGCUGUUGCCCUGAAGCAAGCCAUGACUACAGAAUUCAAAAUCUACCAGCUCCAGGUGGUGGCCAACUGCAGGGCUUUGUCUGAGGCCCUCACAGAGCUAGGCUACAAAAUAGUCACAGGUGGUUCUGAUAAUCAUUUGAUCCUAGUGGAUCUCCGUUCUAAGGGUACUGAUGGUGGAAGGGCUGAGAAGGUACUAGAAGCCUGUUCUAUCGCCUGCAAUAAGAAUACUUGUCCAGGUGACACAAGUGCAUUGCGGCCCAGUGGUCUGCGUCUGGGGACUCCAGCAUUGACAUCCAGAGGACUUUUGGAAGAAGAUUUCCAAAAAGUUGCCCAGUUUAUCCACAGAGGGAUUGAGCUGACUCUGCAGAUUCAGAGUAGCAUGCCUGUGAGGGCCACACUGAAAGAGUUCAAGGAGAAGCUGACCGAGGAUGAGAAGUACCAGAGUGCUGUGAGGAUGCUCCGGGAAGAUGUGGAGACUUUUGCUUCCAACUUCUCACUGCCUGGCCUGCCCGAUUUCUGACAGAGCUAGCACAGCCUGCAUUUGCCAAGGAUUGCAUCAGGACCCUGGGCCCUUUUGAGACCACCAGCCUGCCACUGACUGCACUGUGCCUUGGAGGGGGUUUCUGUCUGGCUGUUUUCAUUUCACAUAUUCUGGGACAGGUUCUUAAGGACUAUAAAUCUGAAACUUCA